CUUUCCGGCGCAGCUUCGUUGUUCUCGGGAUCCGACGAAACUUAUUAAACUUAUCUUUCCUAGGUAUUUUUUUUUGUCUGGGGGAUAAGAAGAAACCAAUUCUUCUUACUCAAUUACGUAUUUAUUUGAAGCUUUCCCUCGAGUUUCUUUCUUUGAGAUGUUCUGCAUAGUUUAGACGGGAUUGACAAUAUCUGGCAAUUGAGCCCGUUUUGGUUACAGCAGGUCGACAUCAUGCCGGGUUCUUCAAGAAUGCCCAUCAGCUUGCGCGAAAGCUUUGAUAGCGUUAAGAAGCGCUCCCGGACCAUUAACCCUCGGCAAUUCUUCAAUAUCGACUUACUUCGAAAUAUUGUCUUCUUUUUCUUCGUUCUACGUAUUGUCCGUCGCACUUUCUGGAAGCUGAAGGGCCGUGGCCUCUUCGGCACCAUAGCAGAACUAUACCACGAUGUACGACGUGUAUUAUACGGCUAUUUCCUACGUGCCCCGGGAGUGAGGACACAGGUACGAAAGCAGAUCACCGAGUCAUUAGCCAAGGUGCAGGCAAAGAUGAUCCCUGUCGAUGGUACACGAUACACAACAUUGCCAAAGGAAGGCUGGACAGAUGAUGCCCUACGAGCUGAGCUCGAUACUUUAGCAAAUAUGGACCAUACCAAGUGGGAAGACGGUUAUGUAUCCGGUGCUGUAUACCACGGCGAGGAGGAUUUGCUAAAGUUACAGACGGAGGCCUACGGAAAGUUUACAGUCGCAAACCCGAUACAUCCGGACGUCUUCCCUGGUGUUCGGAAGAUGGAAGCCGAGGUUGUCGCAAUGGUCCUCUCCAUGUUCCAUGCCCCACCAACCGCUGCCGGUGUCUGCACUAGUGGUGGAACCGAGAGUAUCCUGAUGGCAUGUUAUAGUGCGCGGCAGAAGGCAUAUGCAGAGCGUGGUGUUACCGAACCCGAGAUGAUCCUACCGGAGACGGCACACACGGCUUUCCGGAAAGCUGGCGACUACUUCAAGAUCAAGAUUCACUUGGUACCUUGUCCCGCCCCCACAUACCAAGUGGAUGUUCACCGUGUAUCCCGCCUCAUCAACUCCAACACUAUUAUCCUUGUCGGAUCCGCACCCAACUUCCCUCAUGGUAUCAUGGAUGACAUCUCCGCUCUAUCCAAGUUAGCGUUGAAACGCCGUCUACCACUGCAUGUAGACUGCUGUCUAGGCUCGUUCUUAGUCCCGUUCCUUGAUAGGGCUGGUUUUGACACAGAACCUUUCGACUUCCGACUCAAGGGUGUCACCUCUAUCUCCUGUGACACGCAUAAGUACGGUUUCGCGCCCAAGGGCAGCUCCACCGUCCUCUACCGUACUCAGGAACUGCGCACAUACCAGUACUUCGUCUCCCCGGACUGGUCCGGUGGUGUAUACGCUUCUCCCGGUAUCGCAGGUUCCCGCCCCGGCGCCCUUAUCGCCGGGUGCUGGACCAGUAUGAUGCGAGUCGGCGAAGCCGGGUACAUCGAAUCAUGCGUCAAGAUCGUCGGAUGCGCCAAGAAGAUUGCCGAACACGUAACAUCUUCCCCUACCCUCAGCACGGAACUCGAGAUCCUAGGCCGUCCCCUCGUUUCCGUUGUCGCCUUCACCGCCCGCAACCUCAACAUUUACGACAUCGCAGACGGCAUGAGCCACAAGGGCUGGCAUCUCAAUGCCCUACAAAACCCACCCGCCAUGCACGUCGCUGUCACUAUGCCUAUCGUUAAGGUAUGGGAGCGCCUCGUCGCCGAUCUCGAAGCUGUGAUUGAGGAGGAGCGCGAGAAGGAACGCGUUCGUGUCGUCGAGGGAAAGUCACCUAAGGGGAAGGCUACAGGUGAUGCUGCCGCCCUCUACGGUGUUGCAGGAAGUCUACCGAACAAAUCCGUUGUUGUGGAUUUGGCGACUGGGUUCAUAGAUUUGAUGUACAAGGCGUGAUGAGAUUCAAACGAGAUACCAUACCUCCUUGUACUAAGAUCCAGAAGAGGAAAACAAACAGUAUAGCGGACGGAAGCGAAUCGCAUAGUUAUUAGGCACAUGAUUAGGACCAGUGUAUGUUAGGAAAGGAAUAGCGUUGGAAACCAUUAUGAGGUAGUCUUAUAAUGGCUGUAUAUAUAUAAGGUAGGGAAGGGAAGGAGGAAACUACGAAAGGGAAUAUGAGAGGGGGGUAUCAUACUAAAAUUACCUCCAUGCAUGGUGUAUACUUAUUUGAUCGCAAGACAUAGCGAAUAGUUUAAACUACCUGUACUUGUUAUAGGUACCUCUAGGUAGGUAGUAUAACAUGAUAACAAGGGCAAUUACCAAUAACAACAAA